CAGGCGCAGUCGCGACUGCCCGCCUGCUUGGCCCGGAGAGAGCGCGGAGCCCCCGAUGUCUCGCAAGCAGGCGGCGAAGGCCCGGCCGGGGAAGGCGGAGACGGAACGCAAGCGGGAUGAGCGGGCGGCGCGGAGGGCCCUGGCCCGCGAGAGGCGGAACAGACCACAAGCGGAAGGCGACGGAGGCGGGACCGGCGGGGGCCUGGCCGCUCAGCUGCAAGCGUUGGGACUGCGCCUCAGGGAGGUGCCAGGCGACGGCAACUGUUUGUUCCGGGCUCUUGGGGACCAGCUCGAAGGACAUUCCCGCAACCACCUCAAACAUCGCCAGGAAACAGUGGACUACAUGAUAAAGCAACGGGAGGACUUUGAGCCUUUUGUGGAAGAUGACGUCCCCUUUGAAAAGCAUGUUGCCAAUUUGGCACAGCCUGGCACUUUUGCUGGUAACGAUGCUAUUGUAGCUUUUGCAAGGAACAAUCAAGUGAAUGUUGUUAUCCACCAGCUGAAUGCCCCUCUGUGGCAGAUUCGAGGAACGGACAAAAGCAAUGCCCAAGAGCUGCACAUUGCCUACCGAUACGGAGAGCACUACGACAGUGUUCGAAAAGUCAAUGACAACUCAGAGGCUCCUGCCCGGCUACAGACAGAGGUGCUGAGCAAAAACGAAUCCAAUAAAGAGAAGCUCCAACUGAAGAAGGAGGUGGAGGAAUCUGAAGAGGAGAUACGAGAUGAAAUAGAGGAUGCAGUGCAGAAAGUUCGGAAUGCAACGGGCUGUCUGGAUGCUGAUUUAAUUGUCCAGGUCCUAGAGUCGGAGAGCUACUGUAUUGAUUCUGCAAUAUUUGCUAUUCUCCAGAUGAAUGAGGUGAAAAGGCUCCAUGAGGAGGAAGCUCAGGAGGCUCAGGAAAACCAGCAGAAGUCCCAUCCCAAGCCCGCCCUGUGGGAGGAGAAUGGAAACGGUAUCAGGAUUUUUGGCACUCAGGGCAUAGAAAACAACAACGCCCCUGCGAGCCUUGAAGAAGGAAACCAGAGCAGGAAAAAGCCGGCUCCCAAGAUAUCCAACAAACAAAAGAAAGAGCAGCAACGACUUGAGAAGAAACGUCGCCAGGAAGACCGACACCGUCAGAAAAUCCUGGCCAGCAAGAGCAACAACACUGACAAUAACAGGAGCCAGGCAGACUCUGAGACCCAGGUCACCCUGGUGAAGACCGUGGCAGCUCUGAACAUCUGAUGGGAUGGCCUUUGCCUCUGGACCCGCAGGGCACAGAAGCACCUGUGCUUGGCGAGGCAAACCACCCUCUUAAGAGCAAAUACCUCACUUCUUGUCUGCUAUCGAAAUAGCGGUGUUUGCUAAAUUGUCUGAUUCAGGUGGAGUGGCUCUUGGGCCAUGUUUGAGAAUGACAGUACCUGAGCAGGAGGCGAGGGGGAGCAGUUACCGCCACUGGAGAGCAAAAAGCUGGCGGCCUAUAAACAGGACCCCCCGUUGUGGGUUCUUUCGCUGCAGGACCUUAUGGAACUUUUUCCAGUUUCUUCCAAGUUUUUUUUUUUUAACGUAAGUUAUUUUAAAUGAUUCUCCAUGAGAGCUUCAAGGUUUCCCUACUCAGGAAUUUGUCCUCCCUUUCGAUAAAGUAAAUAGAAAGCUCUUCCCGUGUUGUAUUCCAAAGCAAAACUCUGCCAAAGGUUGUACCGAAAAUGAGCCUGUUGAAGACGUUGCUUUUCUUUUCUUUUGCUUAAUGGUAACGUUAAAAGGAACAAUUCUAGGCAGCGCUUUCCUUUGCGUUCAGCCUUAUGGAACUGGGGGUGGCUUGUGGGGGGAGGGGAGGCAGAGCAGCUGGUUCUCUGCUAGCAGGAGAAGUUAUCCUACUGUACCAGUCUCCGUUUGGUGGAGCAGCUGCAGAAAAAAUAGCGGUGGGGGGGGCUGCUUAUCUGUGUCUGAACAGUCUGGAUUGUAAUCCCAACCCUAGUUAAACAGCUAUACAGUGAGGGGGCUUACUGGAUUGUGGUGGUGGCCUGAUCAUGUCACACCCUUACAGACACUCAGGGGAAGCGGGUCCUCGGGAGAUUUUGGGUCUGCACCCCCUUGUUCAGUUAAGACUGGCCCCUGAGAGUGUCCUGUCAACUUUCAGGGUGUAGCCACUUCACUUAGGACGACUUGAGUUAGGGAAGCGGAGAAAAAAGGCAAGCCCUUCUUCCCCCUGAUUAGUAGAAUGUGACAGCAACAAGGAUGGCUUCUUAGAUGCUGACCAAAGUGUGCUUGCAUUUGCAAUAUUUGAAAUAUCCUGAGUGUUGUAGAUGUAAGUUCAAAGAGCUCCUGUUCAGUUUACAUCCUGAAAAUAGCAAACAGCAAUGAGAGCAAACUUCCCAGUUGUACUAGUUAACUCUUUCAGUUAAAAGUACCAUUCAAAGUGAAUGGAUGCUUAGGCUGUGGGUCUGAUAUUGGUUUGUAGAGUACCAUUUUCAUUUCCAGCUCAUCGGUGGAAACCUCUGGAGCAAGUGAUAUCACCUGCUGUUCCUGCCAUCAAAGCUGUUGAAAAUCAAGGCCUUCCAAAGGGUUAGCAAAUCAUUCAUUCCUCACUUGGGUUCUCAAACCGAGGCUAUACAUUGGCCUGAGUUCCCCUGACAGUCUUACAGCUCUGAAGGUUUGGCUUGUUGCCCAACUUUUCUUCUCAGUAAUUUCAAAAGAAGCAGUCCUUGAUGAUUGAUUUCAAAAGAGCUAAGUAGCACAGAUCCAAAUUUAUGGCAGUGAUAAAUUGCACAGAUAUAAGAUGCACUAAUGGAAGAGAUAAUGGUGCCAUAUCUUUGUGGUCAUCUCAAUAAACAUGUUCUCAUUGAGACUUUUGACCAGUUGAA